GUACUCUGUGAGCCGCGCCCGGGCGCCUGGGCAGGCGCCUCCCGAGUACCGGCGCCCAUUUUGCCCGCCCGCUAAGGAGACCCGUGCGCGGCCUACACGCUUGGGGGACAGCCCUUUAAGACGACAUCUCCGCGAACGCCGGCCUCUUGAGCCAGGGGGACGCUCUUUUGAAAGUCAGUCCCAAAACAGUUAAGGUUUUAUUUUAUUUUGUUUUAUUUCCAAGUCACAGCCCCCGAAUCUCGUACAACUCUCCCUGGACCACUUCCGGUUGCCGGCCCGCGCCUCAUAACUUCGGUUCGAGUGACCUCGGCCCGGGAUGCCCCUCGGCUCACCCCGGGCUCACGUCGCGAUCCUGGCUUGAGUGGCCCAGGGUGGGAGACCUGGAAGUUUUAGCCUAGCUGUUCUCAAGGCGGAUUAAUUAGCCCAAGAAACAUUAUAUUCAUGCUUAGGUGGAGAAAAGCAGGGCUAGAAUUGGAACCCAAAGCCCAGAAUGGCAGGAGAGGAUGUGGGGGCUCCACCCGAUCACCUCUGGGUUCACCAAGAGGGUAUCUACCGCGACGAAUACCAGCGCACGUGGGUGGCCGUCGUGGAAGAGGAGACGAGUUUCCUAAGGGCACGAGUCCAGCAAAUUCAGGUUCCCUUAGGUGACGCAGCUAGGCCAAGUCACCUUCUUACCUCCCAGCUACCUCUCAUGUGGCAACUCUACCCGGAGGAGCGCUACAUGGAUAACAACUCUCGCUUGUGGCAGAUACAGCAUCAUUUAAUGGUCAGGGGAGUACAGGAGCUGUUGCUUAAGCUUUUGCCUGAUGACUAACCUGGUGCUGGGAUUCUACGAAGAUAUGCUCCUUUGUUCUGUUCAGUAUUUGGCAAUCACUUCAUCCACUACUGCAGUGCACCCACCCUUGGGCCUGGGGGGAGGGAGUGGGUUGAAAAACUGCUCAAGAAACAGAAGUUUAGGAAGGGUCAUGAAGAAUACUGCAAGUGAAACUGCAGAGAGAGGUUACGUAGGCAGAAAGCAAGUCAACAAAAGCACUUAGUCAGGAUCCGUAACUUGAAAUUGACUCCUUUGGAAAUUGCCAUAGAACCCUUAAUGGACAUCAUCGGCUGGACCUGGGAUCUGAUGAAUCCCACAAAAGUCAGCACCUUCUACAGAACAGAUGCCCUGAUCACCAAGGACUUG